AUGUCUGAUUAUAUCAAGAAAAAUAAUAUUCCUUUUGACAGAAAAUUACAUCGUUUUCUUAAUUUCAAUACGUAUUACUUUGAUAGACAAGAAUUUGAUACUCUAAUUUACAAUUAUUUUAAAGAUGAAAAAACAAAUCCUUUCAGAUAUUUCUUAUAUCAAUAUGAGAAAAACUAUAACCCUAAACAAAAUCAGUUCAAAAUACACAUUCAGGGAUGUUUAAUUUUACAUAAUCAAUCAAGAUUGGGUAGUUAUCUUAAUAUUGGAGAUAAGAAAAAAAAUAGAAUUUUAAAGAAAGCUGAGCAUUCAGGAGUUAAAGGAUUGUUAAAAAUUGAUAAGAUUCACUUUGAUCCAACAUAUGCAGAUUUUGAAUAUUCAGUUGCUUAUAAUAAGAAAAAAUAUAAUCGUUGUUUCAAACAUCACAAUCAACUAUCAAAUCCAGAUGAUCCAAAGAGUAAAAUUAUGAGAUGCAGAUGUAAUCUUCAAGUUUUGAAUGAUCAUUCGGAAUGUGAGUGGUGUGAUAAUGAGUGUUGCAACAAAAGAACAUUAGCAAGAUUUGACGAUCACUCUGGUCCAUUUGAGUAUGAAAUUAUGAAUGAUUUAAUAAGUGGAAAUAUUAAUGGAGAUGAAGCAUUCAUUCGAUGUAUUUUAGAAAAUCCUCAAUGUCUUUUGAAUAAUCCUAAUCCUAUUUACACCAUAGAACAAGCAAUAAAAAAUAUCAAAAACAAGAAAAUAAUUCAAGAACGAUUUGCAGAAGAGACAAAGUGGUGGGAAAACUUUAAUGAAUAUGAAGAAGUAAUAAUCAAUGAAUUUGAAGGAGAUUAUAUGAAGUGGAAAGAAUUAUUAAACAUAUUGGAUCGUGGAAAAUACACAGUUCAAAUCAAAGGAUCAAGUAAAAAUUAUGCACCAAAAAUUCAAUGUUUUACUUCAAAUACUCCAUUACGUGAAUUAUAUAAUUAUGCAGAAGAUCAAAAAUACUUAUAUGAUUCAAGAGGAAACAAAAAAAAUAAUAGAAAAUAUUACGCAUCAUUAAUUGAUAGAUUUGAUUUUGUGAUUGAAUAUUACAAAUUUAGACGAGAUGAGAAAAAAGUUUGUGAAAAUGAAUGCUAUUGUUGUGAAGUGAUGAGAAUUUUUCAUCAUAGAUCUAAAGAAAAAUUUAACAAACAAGAAUUUGAAAUUGAAUUUAACGAAGAUGUUUCAAAAGAAAAAGCAAUUUCAAUUGUAGAAGAAAAAGAUGUAUUGUUUUUUAGAAAAGGAAAAAGAUUUUAUUGGCAACCACAAAUUAAUUACAAUAGAACAAAGUUUAUUCUUUCAGAACAUGAAAAUUUUGAAGAAAAAGAAGCUGAUUUAAUCAUUUAUCCUGAAAUUGUUGAAAAGUUAAAGAACAAAAACAAUUUACAAGAUAUUGAAAUUAUUGAUCAUAAACAGUAUUUAAAAAGAAAAAAAGAAACUAAAGAAUCCGAAGAAAAAAAUAUUGGAUAUGAAUUAGCAAAAAAUAAAAAAGUUAAUAUAGAUGUAGAAGUCUGGGAUCCACAAAUUGAGUCGAGCACAUCUCAAAUUAAAGUUCAAAAAGAAGAAUCGAGUGAAUAUUUAUCAGAUAUUGAUUCUGAUGAUUCAGAUUAUACAUAUAAAAAAAAGAAAGGAAAGACUGCUAUAGUUGAUUCUAUUAAGCAGAAGAAUCAAGAUCCUGAUGAAUUUUUAUCAGAAUCAGAAUUCUAUGAAUCGGGUAUAGAGCUUGAUAUCUCUGAAGAUAAACCAAAAAAUUUUAAGAAACGUAAGCAGAUUGAUGAGGAUGUUUAUCAAAAUUUUGAACAAAAAAACAAAAAUAAUCCAUCAUUUAAACGGAUAAAAG